GGCGCGUCUACCAGAAAAAUCAAAUGGAUCCAAGCUUCUUCCGCGAGUUGCAGCAAAAGUAUGCCAAGGAGAACGUCGAGAGUCUCGAUAUGCCGGAGUCGACUGCUUCCAUGUUUCAUGACACCGUGUGUCUUUCGUCGACGGCGGCGGCGAUUGACAUAUGCAUGCAAUGCCAAGGCCAACGCAUUGAAAAAGUUCCGUACAACUUUAUGGUGUUGGAGCGAACAUGCACAGGGUGCGAUGGCGAAGGCGUGAUCGAGCGCAAACCACAACCGCUAGCAAACAGCCAUCACAAGCAGUUAUAAACACUCAUCAACACGGAAUUGUGUGUUCUUUUGCUGGCC